UUUAGAGGCUGGGUCGGGAGGUGCUGGUGUUUUCUUUAGCACGGGGCUUGCUAAAAGACCAUGGCAGUGCUGCCGUGCCCAUUGUGGGUCUGCCGGAGAGAGCUGCCGGUGAUAAUUGGAAUUUCUGUGGGUGGGCAGUGCAGGAAAUCCCCCAACUCUGAUGUAAACUCCUCCCCGCAUUUGGGUCUGAAGGGAAGCAGCAAAUCUGCCAGUUCUCCUUCAAGAAGUGUGGGGGAAGGCGCUGUACAAAGUCCUUCUGCUGACUUGUCCCAGCCUGGCUGGCAGGUUUAAAACCCAGUGUGCACAGGUGGAAGCAAGCUGCAGGUAGCACUGCAGGACUGUAGACUUAGAGAAGGCUCGGAAGCAUGGAAAGCCUCUGUGCAGCAAACAGCACUUUUGCUGUGGAGCUGUUCAGAAAGCUGUGUGAGAAGAAAAGUGGGCAGAAUGUGUUCUUUUCGCCAUUGAGCAUUUCUUCUGCUUUGUCUAUGGUUUUGCUGGGUUCAAGAGGUAACACUGAAGCCCAAAUAAGCAAGGUGCUCUCUCUGAAGAAUGCCCAGGAUGCUCACAAUGGGUAUCAGUCCCUUCUGUCUGAAAUUAAUGAUCCAAACACCAAAUACAUCCUGAGAACUGCAAACCGGCUCUAUGGAGAAAAGACCUUGGAGUUUCUUCCAUCAUUUAUAGAGUCCAGUCAGAAGUCCUACCAUGCUGGCCUGGAACAGAUGGACUUCCUGCAUGCCUGGGAGGAUUCCAGGAAACAAAUCAAUGGCUGGGUAGAGGAAAGGACUGAAGGUAAAAUUCAGAACCUGUUGGCAGAGGGAAUUCUUGAUUCCCUGACCAGGCUUGUGUUGGUGAAUGCCAUCUAUUUCAAAGGCAAGUGGGAAGAGCAGUUCAACAAACAGAGUACCAGAGAGAGGCCAUUCCAAAUUAAUAAGAAUGAAACCAGACCUGUGCAGAUGAUGUUCAAGGAGGCAAAUUUUAACAUGACCUACAUUGGAGACUUCCAGACCAAAAUCCUUGAGCUCCCCUAUGUGGGUAAUGAAGUGAGCAUGAUCAUCCUGCUGCCUAAUGCAAUCCAGGAUGGCUCCACAGGCUUGGAAAGACUGGAAAGAGAACUUACACAUGAGAAGCUGAUGGGUUGGAUCAGUCCAGAAAUGAUGAAGUCUGCACACAUGAGGGUGUCUUUACCCAGAUUUAAACUGGAAGAAGAUUAUGAUCUGAAACCUAUUUUAAGAAGCAUGGGAAUGCCUGAUGCCUUUGAGAUGGGCAAGGCAGACUUCUCAGGAAUCUCAUCUGGGAACAAGCUGGUGCUCUCUGAAGUGGUUCACAAAUCCUUUGUGGAAGUCAAUGAAGAAGGCACUGAAGCAGCUGCUGCCACAGCUGCAGUGGUGAUGAACUGCUGUGCACUGAGAGUUCCGGAAUUCACUGCUGAUCACCCCUUCCUCUUCUUCAUCCGGCACAACAAAACCUCCAGCAUUUUGUUCUGUGGUAGAUUUUGCUGCCCUUAAGGAGGUGAUGUCUUGGCUGCAUAGGUGCCAUUACAGAAUAAAUUUAUAUUUCCCUUGAAUAAAGCAACUCCU